AUGGAGACCACUACAAGCUGGCUGCUCACCGAACGAACGGACUCCAGCAAUGUCUCCUAUCAGGACAAUCAGUCCUUUUGGUCCAAUGCUAGCAGCUCGCAAUCAAUCAGUACAUUAUUACAAUCCAGUGAGGGAUUUAAUUCCACAAUACCAAGUGAUAUCAAUGAAAGCUUAUACACGAACGGCUUCUGGUCCAAUCCAUUUUAUACCACUGAGCCGACUUCUCUCUCAGAGGUAUCCGGAAAACCCGCAAUGUUUUUCGUUAUGGUUAGUUUACGCUCAAUUGUCGUACUCGUCACAAUUCUGGCUAAUGUUUUAGUCCUUUACGCGUACGCCACGACGAAGAAGCUCCGUACGUAUACCAACUAUUACAUCGUGAAUUUAGCAAUUGCAGACUUGGUCAGUGGCGGGUUUUUGCCGAUCCGAGGCGUCUACAGGGAGUUUUCCAACGACUGGCCCUUCAGCGAGGCCUUCUGCGCUUGCUUCACGUGCGUCGAUCACAUCUUCCUGCAUGCGACUUUCCUGAUGACUCUGACGAUCUGCUACGAUCGAUUCCGAGCGACCAACAUGCCGCUGAAACAUUUAUCGGAGAAAACGCUGCGCCACGCGUGUAUGCUGAUAUUCCUUGCUUAUAUUGUACCAGUCUUUCUAUGGACUACAAUCAUCAUAAUUCUACCGUACUCCGGAGCGAUUUCACGGGUGCAACCUCCCCAAUGUUACGGUCCAUACGCGUUCUAUCCCGCCUUGCUUAUAUUCACCAUAUUGGUUCUAUCCUGGGUACCUAUGAUAUCGACCGUCAUCUUGUACGCUUUCGUAUAUUGCGCCGUCAUCCGCAAAGGUAUGGAUAAAAGUGGAGUGACUGGCAAAAAGGCAGUCUCUGAAAAUAAGUCAAAGGGAGUAGCAUCGGAGGCGAAGUCCCGGGAUCCUCGGUCGAAGAGCUAUCGCAUGGAUACCGAGACUAGUGAACGGGCUGCAGUGAAGAAGCUUCCGGCAGAGCAGACCCGCUCGGAGGGUCGUGUGCACAGCAUCUCUGCCGGACUAUCGCAAGGACUUGCUAACCCAGCCUACGAAGAGACCGAGGAGGACGUUCAUCGCGCCAGUGAUCAGCCUAGUCUCCCCGGGCCGGUUCUGACAGAAACCACGCCCUCGACCGGUCCUCCCCGCCGUGGCAGCACCGGUGCACCGGCGCGUUUUGCAGGGCGGGCGUCUAGACGCGAGAGUCGCCUGGCUAGCCUACGCGCUACUCGCACACUCACCUACAUCCUCACGACCAUGAUUGUAUCCGCCUUACCCUGGUCCGUCUUUGCUCUGUGGGCAGCUAUCGAUCCGCUUGGUCUUCCACUGCGGUAUAACACAGUCUUCAAUUAUCUGGGUUGGAUGUCUCACUUCAGCAGCACCGUGAAUCCGUUCUGCUACGCCGUCGGCAACCCUCUGUUCAAGGCGGCCUUUCUUCGGAUUCUCUGCUGUCGUCCAAACACAGCGCCGCGGAACGCCGAGAUAUCUUCCGACCGACACAGCCGUACUUCUCGAGAUUAG